AUGGCGUCCCCGCUCCCCAGUAACAUACGUGUUUCCCAGCACCCUUGUCUGCGUGCGAAGCUCUCUCAGCUGCGCUCGAUCAACACGGGCUCUAAGGACACGAACAGGUUAAUAAAUGAUAUUGCUAUGAUACUUGGUUGUGAGGCCUUGGGUACCAGCUUGCAAGUCGUUUCGAGUGGUACGGGGAAAACGCCUCUUGGAUAUGAGUAUCCAGUAGAAACCAUCACCCCGGAGAAGAUCGCGCUUGUCCCAAUUCUCAGAUCAGGCCUGGGGAUGGUUCAGGCAAUCCAAGAUCUCCUCCCCUCACCCGUCGCUGUACACCAUCUGGGACUCUUCCGCGAGCGAACAACCCUCCACCCCGUCGAAUACUACAAUAACCUCCCCUUCCAGCCCUCUCCUGAAGACGCGCAAAAGAAUACCUCCGCUGCUACUCUUGCCAUCAUUGUUGAUCCGAUAAUCGCGACAGGAGGCACCUGUGCGGCUGCGAUUCAGACUUUGAAGGAAUGGGGGGUCGCGAAGGUAUUGGUUCUUAGUGUGUUGGCGAGUGCAGACGGAGCAAAGCGGGCAGCGGAGGAAUGGCCGGAAGGGGUGGAUAUUUGGUUGGGCGCUGUUGAUCCAGGGUUGAACGCGAACGGGAUGAUUAAGCCUGGUGUAGGUGAUGUUGGAGAUCGCCUGUUUUUGGCGUUGGGAAAGUGA